CACCAAUAGGAUAGCCCCAUAACCAGAUUUUGUAAUGUGAUUGGCUGUGCGGUUUUGUGGAAGUUUCUGUUGGACGUGUAGUUUGGUCGUCCUCCUUGGCCUCGUUGAGUCCACCUUUAACACGUUGGAGUAUGGCGGCACAAAUUUCCAAAAAGCGAAAGUUCGUCGGCGACGGAGUCUUCAAGGCUGAGCUCAACGAGUUCCUGACUCGUGAGCUCGCUGAGGAUGGCUACUCCGGUGUUGAGGUGCGAGUUACCCCAACUCGUACUGAGAUCAUCAUCAUGGCCACCAGGACACAGAGUGUUUUGGGCGAGAAGGGUAGGAGGAUUCGCGAGUUGACCUCUGUUGUGCAGAAAAGGUUCAACUUCGCUGACCAGUCGCUGGAGUUGUAUGCGGAGAAGGUGGCCACCAGAGGAUUGUGUGCCAUUGCUCAGGCUGAGUCUCUCAGAUAUAAGCUCAUCGGUGGACUUGCUGUCAGGAGAGCUUGCUAUGGUGUCCUGAGGUACAUCAUGGAGUCUGGGGCGAAGGGUUGCGAGGUCGUUGUCUCUGGCAAGCUGCGUGGACAGCGUGCCAAGUCGAUGAAGUUUGUUGAUGGACUCAUGAUCCACUCGGGAGAGCCCACUAAUGAAUAUGUUGACUGUGCGACUCGUCACGUGUUAUUGCGUCAAGGCGUGCUUGGAAUCAAGGUGAAAAUCAUGUUGCCUUGGGACCCACAUGGCAAAAUUGGACCCAAGAAGCCCCUUCCUGAUAACGUCUCUGUGGUUGAGCCUAAGGAAGAAGUUCUGCCUACUCAGCCCAUCAGUGACCAUAAACCUGCCGUCGCAGACCCUCCUACGAGGAUUAUGUAAUUCUUUUUUUUCCAUCAAUAAAAACAUUAAAACAA